CUCGGCGCCCGUAGCCGUGAACUUUAACCGCGGACGCUAGGGACUAGUACGCAUGCGUUUUUCCUUCGCAUGGUGUGGCUGCUUAUUGUAGCUGCAGCGGCAGGAGCUGUGGCGACCUUGCUAGUCCUGCGACUAUGGGUAGUGCUGCAUUCCCAGGCCGUUACGCCCCGGAAGUCUCUCAGCGUCGUGGUAGUGGCCGGCUCCGGUGGACAUACCACGGAGAUCCUGAGACUGCUGGAGAGCUUAUCCGAUGCUUACUCACCUAGACAUUACAUCCUUGCUGACACUGAUAAGAUGAGUGCCAUGAAAAUAGAUGCUUUGGAGCGUGCUCGAGCUAAUAGAGACCCUAAUACAGAGUUUCCAGUCUACUACCUUCAUCGAAUUCCCAGGAGCCGUGAGGUUCAGCAAUCCUGGCUGUCCACAGUGCUCAGCACCUUGCAUUCCAUGUGGGUGUCGUUUCCUCUGGUCCUCAGAGUGAAGCCUGAUCUGGUAUUGUGUAAUGGACCCGGAACAUGUGUUCCUAUCUGCAUAUCCGCCCUGCUCCUUGGGAUUCUGGGGCUGAAGAAAGUGAUCAUUGUCUAUGUGGAAAGCAUCUGCCGAGUGGAAACCCUGUCCCUGUCAGGGCACAUCCUACUUCACCUCUCGGAUUACUUCAUCGUGCAGUGGCCAACUCUAAAAGAGAAAUAUCCCAAAACUGUGUACCUUGGGCGAAUCGUUUGACAGUCGACAGCAUGCAUCUUUAGAAUGUUACCAUCCACCAUGGUGUUUACUCUGAUGGUUGGGGGGAACACUACAGGCUUCCCAUGAAGGCUGCUUAAAAUUGAGAAUUAUUGGUGAUCAAGAGUUACAAAACAAGAAGUGCAAAUAACUGAGUGUAGAGAAACUGAGAUCUCUCGUAAACCUACAUGAUGAGCUGUAAACACGAAACACUUACGUCUGUACACACCAGAUUUCAUCUCGAGAAAAGUGUCUGUCACUAACUACAAGUUAUCUUCUGUUUACACAAUUUUUUUUCGACCUAAAUAUAAAGUUUGUAUGAUGAGUAACAUUUCCUGUUACUAUAGCUUUCUUCCCCCUCCCCAAGUACCUGCCUUUUGGGGGGGAGGGGAGAGGAAAGAAAAGUAUUUCUUCCUUAUGCUUUGAAUUCACCAGGCUUUAUUUCCUGCAGGAAGCAGUGCUGUCCCCAGUGAACCCUUGCAGCCCAAAGGAAGCAGUUAUGUUAAACUGGCUUCAUGACAGCUUGCAUUCCACAGGCUUCCAGAACCUAAGCAUAAACCAGUUUCUCUCUCUCUCUCUGCCCCCUCCCCUUUUUUUUGUUUGUUCUUCAGUCUUGUUUUAUGAGUAAUUGGCUUCAAUCCAGAAUGUCUUGUAAAAUCUCUUGUUUAAUUGUUAAAGUAAAUUAAAAGGCAAUCACCAUCAAAGUAAUAAAAACAUGAUUCUAUGUGUUA